CCUAUUUAUACCACUCUCUCUCCCCUCUAAAGUUUCGACACUUUUCUCCAUUCUUACUUUCCUUCAUCAAACUCCCAUCAUUUCACAGUCCAAUAAUAGCAACAAAAAAACUGAAAAAAUCUCAAAAUGCAGAAACUUACUCUUUUCUCUCUAAUACUACUACUCUUCUUCUUCACAACUAAAGUACAUGCAGUACAAAGAGGAAGAAUGGUAGGAACAAAGAAAGAAAUAACAGAUGUUAACACAAACAAAGAAGUACAAGAAUUAGGCAAGUUUUCAGUGGAGGAAUACAACAGAGAAAUCUUAAACAUGCAGCAAAGCCCACUUCGUAGUGUUGGGCUUGGUGAUACUAACGGCCCGUUAAAUUUUGUUAAAGUAGUUGAGGCCCAAAAACAGGUAGUUGCUGGGCUUAAAUACUAUCUUAAGGUUGAAGCCAUGCAAGAUGGGGUUAGUAGGAUUUUUGAUGCAGUGGUGGUUGUUAAACCUUGGGUUCAUGAGUCCAAGAAAUUACUCAACUUUGGCCCAUCUUCGAGAUUGAGUUUACCAGAAGCACCAAGUGAACAGAUGUAGAAAUUCUUGCUUACGUGUUUUUGUUGUUUUAAUCUAAUGUUAAUUAAUGUAGAAGGGAACUUGGUGGUGUUAAUUGUACCUACACAAUAAAUAAAUACUUCCUCCGUUUCUAAAUAA